GCUGAUGAGCAUUCUGAUACAAACACAUCCCCAAACUGUAGCCGUCACUGCCAUCACCAGCCCUGCCCCUGCCCAGACCCACUUCCUCCCCAAGAGCUCACAGCUGCAGUGCCAGAGCCAGAUGUGCCCCUGGAAGUAAGGCUCCUGUCCAUGGAGAGGCCCCACACGGUCCUGCGGGUGAGCCUGCAUCACCCCGUGCCGGACCCAACCACCUUCACCCUCGUUCCCCCACGGCUACAGCACGACAUCAGCCCGCUGCUGGUGGGCCGGGGCCCGGAGGCCCACCUCCGGCUGCAGCUCCCGCACCUCUCCCGCCGGCACCUGUCUCUGGAGCCCUACUUGGAGAAGGGUGGCUCCCUGCUGACCUUCAGCCUGAAGGCCCUGAGCCGCAAGGGCUGCGUGUGGGUCAACGGGCUGACGCUGAGGUUCCUGGAGCAGGUGCCCCUGAGUGUCGUCAACAGGGUCGCCUUCUCUGGCGUCCAGAUGGUGGUCCACGUCGAGGGAGGCACCUCCCUGGAGGCCUUUGUCUGCUUCUUCCAUCUCAGCCCCUCGCCCCUGAUUUACAGGCUCCAGGCCGAGGAGACAGACGAAUGGGAAGGCGUCCCCCAGGAGCAGCCUCCCCCAGGCCCAGGGCCACAGGCUCCGGGUCCCCUGGGCUUUCUCCACGGUCCUUCCCAGCCAAGCCCUGGAGGAGCCACAGAAAUACAGCUCCAGAGGGAGCCCCGGGACAGGGAGCUUUGCUAGGCCCUCUGGCCAGCCAGAGCCAGCCUCGGCUGGCACAGGACCUCAUAUUCCAAGCUACAUCAUUCAAGGUUGACAAGCAGGUUUGCGGAGCACUGAUGCGCCAAAUCUGCGAACAACGAAUGGCCUGGGGUCGGGGGAGCACCCUCCGCAGCCACAGCUAUGCAACGGAACAGGAACUUCAUAUAUUCUAGAGGCCCUAAGGGGUUCUGGGAGCCUCUCUCAGUGUUUCCCCACCUUUCCCCCUCUUGUCUGAUCAGGAAUUACUUUAUGUUGCUCAUUUUGUGUGUUGCUUAAGAGCUGGCGUUUUGAGGUUGCACCAGGAAUGCAUGGACACAUGUAACAAUUACGUUUGUGGUAGCUCGGGGCUACCUUGGGCUUGCAAAUACCCACAGGCGCUCGGGGCUUAGGGAAGGCUGUGUUUAAUAAACUGCAAGUAUUUCAUUAA